GGAGGCAGCUCGCAUUGCUGGGCAGGAAGUGUUCUGACUUGCUGCCUGAGGUCUUUGUGAGGCAGACAGGAAUGCUGGCGCUCCACAUUCGCCUCGGAGGGUGUGGAGGGAGCACUGCUUCUGCCUCACUCGCACCACAGGAAAAAGAAAGGAAAAAAAGACAGGCACAUAGUUGGAGCGAGGAAGGUACAGGUCGUUCUCCAGGGAGAUGGCAGCGAAGAUAUCCAAAGACGAGCUGGAGGAGCUGCGCGAAGCCUUCGGGAAAGUCGAUCUGGACAGUAACGGCUACAUCAACGACUACGAGCUCCAUGACCUUUUCAAAGAGGCCAACCUGCCCCUUCCUGGGUACAAAGUCCGUGAGAUCAUCCAGAAGCUGAUGAUCGAGGGGGACAAAGACAAGGACAACAGGAUCAGCUUCGAUGAAUUUGUUUCAAUCUUCCAGGAGCUUAAAAGUAGCGAUAUUGCAAAGACCUUCCGCAAUGCUAUCAACAAGAAAGAGGGCAUCCUGGCCAUCGGGGGCACGUCAGAGCUGUCCAGUGCAGGCACGCAGCACUCCUUCUCGGAGGAGGAGAGGUUUGCGUUUGCUAACUGGAUCAAUACUGCCUUGGAGAAAGACCCGGACUGCAAACACGUGCUGCCAGUGAACCCCACCACAAACAACCUCUUCAAGGCUGUAGGCGAUGGCAUCGUGCUGUGUAAAAUGAUCAACCUGUCCGUCCCUGAUACAAUCGACGAGAGGACAAUAAACAAGAAGAAACUGACGCCGUUCACAGCACAGGAGAACCUCAACCUGGCGCUGAACUCUGCUUCAGCUAUCGGCUGCCACGUGGUGAACAUCGGCGCUCUGGAUCUGCGCGAAGGAAAGCCGCAUCUGGUGCUGGGCCUGUUGUGGCAGAUCAUCAAGAUCGGCCUGUUCGCAGACAUCGAGCUCAGCAGGAACGAGGCGCUGGCAGCGUUGCUGCGGGAAGGCGAGACCCUUGAGGAUCUGAUGAAACUUUCCCCAGAGGAGUUGCUCCUGCGAUGGGCGAACUUCCAUCUGCACAACGCCGGCUGGCAGAAAAUCAACAAUUUCAGCUCCGAUAUUAAGGACUCCAGGGCGUAUUUCCAUCUCCUGAACCAAAUUGCACCCAAAGGCACUAAAGAGGGCGAGGAACGCAUAGACAUCAGCAUGGCCGGCUUCAAUGAGAAAGACGACUUGAAAAGGGCAGAGGCUAUGCUGCAGCAGGCUGAGAGACUUGGCUGCAGACAGUUUGUCACGCCCACUGACGUGGUGUCUGGAAACCCCAAACUUAACCUGGCGUUUGUGGCCAAUCUCUUUAACAAGUAUCCAGCACUGACCAAACCUGAGAACCAGGACAUCGACUGGGGCCUGCUGGAGGGUGAAACCAGAGAGGAGAGAACUUUCCGAAACUGGAUGAACUCCCUGGGUGUGAACCCUCAUGUCAACCACCUAUAUGGUGAUCUCCAAGAUGCGCUGGUCAUCCUGCAGCUCUACGAGAGGAUCAAGGUUCACGUCGACUGGAACAAUAAAGUCAACAAGCCGCCUUACCCGAAGAUCGGCUCGAACAUGAAGAAGCUGGAGAACUGCAACUACGCUGUGGACCUGGGGAAAACUACAGCCAAAUUUUCACUGGUGGGCAUUGGAGGCCAAGAUCUCAACGAUGGGAACCCCACCCUGACCCUGGCUCUGGUCUGGCAGUUAAUGAGAAGAUACACUCUGAACGUCCUCGAGGACCUGGGAGAGGGAGAGAAGGUGAACGACGACAUCAUCGUCAACUGGGUUAAUAAAACUUUGGCAGGGGCAGGAAAGAAGACAAAGAUUUCAAGCUUUAAGGACAAAGAGAUCAGCUCCAGCUUGCCAGUGUUGGACCUUAUAGACGCCAUCCAGCCAGGCUGCGUCAACUACGAGCUAGUAAAAACCGGCAGCCUGGCAGAGAGCGACAAGCUGGACAACGCUAAAUAUGCUGUAUCCAUGGCCAGGAAGAUCGGCGCGCGUGUGUACGCACUGCCUGAUGACCUGGUGGAGGUUAAGCCCAAAAUGGUCAUGACCGUGUUCGCUUGCCUGAUGGGUCGAGGAAUGAAGAGGGCGUAAAGAAAUAAAUGUAAUGAAUAAAAAUCUAAAAAAAAUUUAAUAAAAAAAAAAACGUAAGGACGUUCCGGCCAGUCAAAAGCCGACGUCUGACCCACAAGCCGUUUGCUGGAUGAAAGGCUUCAGGUUGAAUAAUUUAGCCAUAACAGUUAUGAAAAAAGAAGCAGAUGUUAAAGAAUCAUGUUUAAGUUUGGCAAGACGGGGGUUAUAUUUGUAAAUGGGGGAUUUAGAUAAAGAAGGGUGGGAUGUUUUUUUCUUUUCUUUUUUUUUUCUUCUUUUUUUUUCUAGACCAUAUUUAAGGUUCCAGCAGGUUCCGUGCCUGGUACAUGCCUUUCUACCUUAACGAUGCAAGAUGACCAAAACAUACCCCGCGAUGGAACCUAAGCCAUGUCGGACCGUGCCGUGGUGUAUUUUAAUUUGCAUAAUUGAUCAUGGAGGAAUGUACACAAGUGACUGGUGUCAUUUUAAACUAUUCAUCUUGAAUCUGACCGCUCUAAACCGGUGUGUGUGCGUGUGUGUGCGUGUGCGUGCGUGAACGAACAUGGAGACAAGGCCUUGCUCGUGUGCAGUAUUGUCUAUAUGCAGUACGUAAUCCCGUGGCCUCAUUAUAAGACAUCGGACGAGAUGCUUAUUUUUCCUAGCGUUUUAUACGUAAGUAGAGUUUCUGGUAAAGCAGUUAGACAUCCUACAUAAACAUCCUUUGCAGGCUGAAGCUUUAACACAUUCCAUAGUUAUGAUCUCAUUUUACUGUGUCUUAUGUACAUGUAUACUCCAAUGUGUUUGUUUUUUUUUUUUUUUUUUUUUUUUUUUUAAA